UAAUUCUAAUCUUUUAUUUUAUCUUCAAUGUCCCGUUGAUUGAAAAGUCUUCCCGAUGUAUAAGUACCCAAGUUAGAAGACAUUGACUAAUCCAAAUAAAUAUAUAAAUAAAAACAGAACAAAAGAAUUCACUCUUGUCUUCCUUUUCUUCUUUUUGGUCAUAUUUAUAUCUAAAGUGGAAAAAGAAUAGAUGAGCAAACAAACGUUCCCUUAAAAUGUCACGUUUGAAACACCAAAAGGGUCACGUGUGUUUCAAUAGAAGAAUGUUUCACAAGCAUUACUUCUUAAUCUCUGUUUGGUUUGUCUAAAUUACGGCAUAAAAACAAACAAACAGGUUGACAGGAAAAGGCUUUAAUCGCCAGAAACAUACUAUUGCCAAUUUGGGGAAAAAGGAUGUGCAAAGUGAAAAAACAAACAAACACGAAGACUCUUAUUUCGGUGUCAAUUCACACCCGUCUUCACCUUCCCUAGUUUGCAGAUGGGUUCUAAUUUAUUUUCAUUUUAAGAAACUGGGCAAGUGUUUUCUAAUGCAAUUUUGAUCGCUAUACAGAUGGGAACAUUUUGGGAAAUUAGGGUUUUGGGUUUCGGAUUGACGAUCCUGUAGAUUGUCAUCUGGGUUUUGCUGAAGAAUACAAGAUUUGAUUUUUGUGAAUAAGGGAGGCUAAGAUGUCUCUCAAUCAAAGUUAUUCUCGAAUUGACACUUUAGGGCUGAAAGCUAUGAUUGUCCAGAAGAUUGGGCUUCAGAGGGCUGAGAAAUACUUUGAUCAGCUUAGAAGAUUGUUCAGUUUUAAGAUGAGUAAAUGUGAGUUCAACAAGUUCUGUAUUCGGACUAUUGGGAGGGAAAAUCUCCCUCUUCAUAACCAGCUCAUUCGAUCAAUUGUGAAGAACGCAUGCUUGUCUAAAAUUCCACCAACAAAAGGUAUAAGGAAAGUGGGGAGCACCCUUAAUGUUAAAAUUGCAAAUGGAAGUCAGAAGAAUAAUCUUCAAUCUCUCUAUGGGGAUGCCUUUACUCCUUCUCCUCGCAAGGGUAGGUCUCCAGUCAGUCGAGACCGUAAGUUUCGAGAUCGGCCUAGUCCUUUGGGCCCUUAUGGAAAACCUCAAAGCAUUACAUGUGAGGAGUUGAUUUCCAAGGCACAAGAGCAGCAGAGUGCUACUGAAUUGCUUUCUCUUGGUAGCAGACCUCCAGUUGAAGUUGUAUCUGUAGAAGAUGGGGAAGAAGUUGAACAGGAUGCAGGAAGCUCUGGUGUACAGAGUAGAAGCCCAGUUACAGCUCCUUUUGGUGUAUCAAUGAAUCUGGGUGGAGCUCGUAAAACUUUGUCUAACUUAUCUUACUGGCCAGAGACCUGUCAAAACAGUGGUGAGCUACCUGAUACAAAAUCGCUAAGAAGUCGUGUGAAACAGAAGUUGGAGAUGGAAGGACUCAGUAUGUCUGUGGACUGUGCCAACCUGUUGAAUAAUGGGCUCGAUGCAUAUUUGAAAAGAUUGAUUGAGCCAAGUAUACGUUUUGCUGCGUCAAGGCGUGAAAAUGGUCGUAUGGAACAGCUAAAUAGUCGGCAUAUAGCUGGUGCUAAUGGAACAGUAGUCCCAGGAAGACAGCAAAGUCAACUGUCCUUAUUAGAUUUCCAUGCAGCAAUGGAGUUAAAUCCCAAAUUAAUUGGACAAGAUUGGGCCUUACAGCUUGAGAAGAUUAGCUUGCGUGCUUCCGAAGAGUGAACAAAAGUUACAAAACUUGCAUCUUGGCCAGAAAGUCAGCGGUUGUGCAGACCAGAAGACAUGAUGAUUCAGUAAUUUGAAUCAAUUCUUUAACCUCACAUGAGUUUUGGUCUCUACAUGUUAGAAUGUCACAUUUAUUACAAUAGGAAAUAAGUAGUGGGUUCUGUGGGAAAGUUUUGAGUAAGUUCAUUAGGUUGCAUCUAGAUAUAGAAUUGAUAUUUGUUAUGGAGGGGGCAUGUUUAUACAACCAUUUGUAACUCCUUGAUACAUUUAAUGAUCUUACUUUUUGAAGAGUUUAA